AGACACAAGUUACAUUGUAAGUUGGGCAAACCCUUUUUUUGUACUUUCUUCACACCCAGAGGGGGAGAAAAAAAACCAUCGAUCAGGCGAGAGAGAGGGAAAACAUGGGGAUUUCCCACAUCCUUUAAGGCAGCAUUCGGCGCUGCGUGUGUAGUUUGAGGACCUCCGCGCCUCGGGCGCUCAGUUUCGUCGUUAUCGUGGCUCUUUUUUUCUUCUCUACUCUCAACCGUGAAACAGCCGCGACUCGGCGGCGUUCCGACUCGACGACACGGGGACAGGAGGUGACGACGAGCAGCGGCCGCCGCCUCUCGGUGCCCAGAAAGGCAGGCGUUCUGGAGGCAGAGGCGAAUCCCGGAACUGGAGACGGGCAGCGGGAGGCGUGAAGCUAACGGUAGCUAGCUUUUUGUUGACACAGUGCCUGCUGUCAACGCAGAGCCCCACCGCCGCUGGAGUCGCUCCACGUCGCCGGCCGGCCACUUGACGACGCGAGCUCGUCGCCUUCUUUCUUCCCAGCAGCCCGCUGGAGCGAGCGAGCGACCUUCGGCACAAGUCCCCGUCGCAUCGUUUCGACCACUUGUGGCUCCAGGAGAAUGGCACUGAGAGGCGGCUUCACGGGUCCCCCGAUGAACCCGAGCGCGAACCCCAUGAACGUUGGGCACUCGGCGGGCACUCGGAUGUCAGGGAUGCCCCAGGCUCCAGCGGGAUACCCCCGGAGCAUGGGCACCGCUCACCAGUACCUCCAGCGCCCAGGGAUGCCACCAAAUCGGAUCGGGGGCCCCAUGGGGUCGAUGGGGAGUCAGCUGCCUGGUCCCUCUUAUGGGAACAUGCCCAUGCGGCCAGGCAUGGGGCCUCCAAGCAUGGAUGCUUCAAGGAAGCGGUUCCUUCAUCAUCAGCAUCAACAGCAGCAGCAGCAGGAGGCGCUGGGCGGAGGCCUCAGGCGAGGGGCAAAAAGACGCAAGAUGGCAGACAAGGUUCUCCCACAGAGGAUUAGAGACCUGGUCCCUGAAUCCCAGGCCUACAUGGACCUCUUGGCCUUUGAGAGGAAACUGGAUCAAACCAUUGCCCGAAAGCGUAUGGAGAUUCAGGAAGCAAUCAAGAAGCCCAUUAUGCAAAAACGCAAACUCAGGAUCUACAUUUCCAACACAUACACACCCUGCAAGCCUGAGGGCGAGGAGGCCGAGAAGGUGUCCUCCUGGGAGCUCCGAGUGGAGGGCAAGCUUCUGGAGGAGCCUGGCAAGCAGAAGAGGAAGUUCUCAUCUUUCUUCAAGAGCCUGGUGAUUGAGCUUGAUAAAGAGCUCUAUGGACCGGACAACCACUUAGUAGAGUGGCAUAGAAUGGCCACCACUCAGGAGACGGAUGGUUUCCAGGUUAAAAGACCCGGCGAUGUGAAUGUUAAAUGCACCCUGCUGCUCAUGCUCGAUCAUCAGCCCCCUCAGUACAAACUGGAUCCACGGCUGGCUCGCCUGCUGGGUGUGCACACGCAGACACGGGCCAGCAUCAUGCAAGCUCUCUGGCUCUAUAUCAAGAACAACAAGCUGCAGGAUGGUCACGAGAAGGAGUACAUUAACUGCAACCGCUAUUUCAGACAAAUCUUCGGCUGCCCUCGCAUGAGGUUCUCUGAGAUUCCCAUGAAACUGGCGGGCCUGCUGCAGCAUCCUGACCCCAUCAUCAUCAAUCAUGUCAUUAGUGUGGACCCCACAGAUCAGAAGAAGACCGCUUGCUAUGACAUUGAUGUGGAGGUGGACGACCCACUGAAGGGCCAAAUGAACAGUUUCUUGUCCUCUACAACCAACCAGCAGGAAAUUGCUGCUCUGGAGAUGAAGAUCCAUGAGACGAUUGAGUACAUCAACCAGCUGAAGACCGAGAGAGACUUUAUGCUGAGCUUCAGCAAUAAUCCACAAGACUUCAUCCAGGACUGGCUUAAGUCUCAGAGCAGAGAUCUGAAGUUGAUGACAGAUGUGACAGGAAACCCAGAGGAGGAGAGGAAGACCGAGUUCUACCAGGCUCCCUGGGUACCGGAGGCAGUGGGCAGAUACGUUUACUCCAAGGUUCAACAGAGGAGACAAGAGUUGGAGCAGGUGCUGGGUAUCCGACUCACCUAAAGACAUAUUCCGGAGGGGUCCCAGCCAACUUGGGUUUAUACUUCAAAUGUUAAUGUUUUCCUCCAUUAAAAUUGGAAAUAGCUCAGAAAGACAUAUGUUAAUGUUGUAGUUUAAGUUGUUCUCAAAUCCCGCCUCACUGACAUGAUGUGAGCCACCAACUUCUCAGUGGGAAUACUUUGACGUUCCCAUAGAUAAUGGUUUUGAAAUCGAGAGAGUUAAGGGGACUAAAAAAGUUAUUACAUGUGCUUAAUAACAAGUUUUGCCUUGCAUUGUCUGUCCGUUUGAGCCUUUCAAAUGGUCUUUACCUUGUUUUGCCGUAUGUUUUGUUUAUGGUACACUAUGCUUAAAACGUUGUAAGCAUUGCUGCUGUUUAGAUGGUUUUCACCAUUGUUUUGAAAGGGGUUCUAUUUACUUUCACAUUUUAAAGCCAUAACCUUUAGAUAGGAACAAGAUUUAUAACAAAAUUUCUGGUAACAUCCCAUUAAACAUGAAUGGGGAGGGAUGGUAGAAUUCAGCAUUUCAAUUACUAUAUAUAUAUAUAUAUAUAUAUAUAUAUAUAUAUAUAUAUAUAUUUCAAAAGUAUAUUUAGAUUUUGAAGAUAUUUUACGACUUGGACAAGAAGCUCUUGAUGCCUUUAGUAAUUUUACAGGUUUUGGUGCUGUUUUACAUUGAUGGAUAUGUAAUUUGAGAUGAAACAUUUUCUUUGCCAUGUAAGACACAGGGAUUUCCAGGAAAGCUUGACUCUGGGAAAAAGAAUUCGCUCUUUAUUUGUACAAAGACAUGAAUCCACUCUGCUGUGCUGUAAUCCCGCAGUUGUUUGUACUUUUUGAAUGUUUACAUGCUGUUUUUCAUUUGUCAUUGGGGUUUUUGCAUUGUUUUAAUGCCAGGGAGAUAGGAACUGGUGUUAAUUAUACACAAGUGUCGUUGUAGCGCGUCAACUAAACAAUGCAACUAAUUGUUGUGUACAGUUAAUAUUUUUACGACAUAACUUUUCAUUGAAAUGCUAUUUUCUCAAGGUUUUGUAUGAAAAUAUUUCCAGAAUUUUUCUUGAAACAUUCCAUGUUAACAGAUAUCGCUGUGACAAUAUUUUGUUUUUUGUGAAGGGGGCACUUUUGAGAAAUGUGUGUACAAAUACUUUUUGUACAGCCUCUUUAUAAACUUUUUGCAUGUCGUGUACCAAUCCAAGGCCUUUAACUUUUAUACAUUUGGAGUAUUUUUUACAAUAAAUAUACUUAAUGAUUGUCUUAA